UUGUGACUGGAAAAUAGUUGUAAAUCUGGUCAGUACUCAGCACUGCUGCGAAUAGGAGACAACACUGAGAUUACCCACGUUAGUAGACACCACGACAUCGCGCACUGAUGGAUUGUCAGGCCAUGGUUAUUAGUAUAGUUUAUAGGACGCUGAGCGCGCGGCGGUUUAGAUACUAUACAGACUGACAGUGACAACACCGUAGGAGCUCAUAACGCCCACGCUGCGCGGAUUGGCUGGCCACGGUGCCAAUCUAACACUACAUGCUGGAUCGGUUUAGAAGCGCUCUCAAUGAUUGGUUGGGCCUACUGUCAAUCUUUCAAUACAAAGCAAGGAUAGGUUAUCGUCACUGACUGGUGCCUUUCCUUUACACCACCCGGAACUGAGCCUGGGAGCCGGCCUGUGACGAGAAACACGUGGGGGCACCCCCAUCCAUGCUGCGCUGACACCCACCAGCUGUUCCUUUGAUUUCCUAAGGAUGGAGGCUUCUAGCCCAUGUUUCUCCUCAGAAUCUGACUUCUGCGCAGACUGUGGCUCAGUGCUGCCUCCUCCUGGUGCUCAGGACACAGUUACCUGCCCCUGCUGCUCUCAUCGUACACAAGUGACAGUGUUCCUAGACAAGUAUGUUCAAACAUCAGUUGUAUUUAACAAGCUUGACACCAUUGCACUAUUGAAUGAGACCAAUGAGACUGGAGUCUUAAAAGGACCAGUGCUUGAUAGACGCUGCUCCCGCUGUGGGUGUGAGAAGAUGGUCUAUCACACAAGGCAGAUGCGCUCAGCAGAUGAGGGUCAAACUGUCUUCUUUACCUGUGUGCAGUGCCGCUUCCAGGAGAAAGAAGAUUCUUGAUGCAGCAUUUCCCAGAGUAUUUCAUGUCAUAUGAGGUCCUCCGUUACUCUUCUUUGUAAUAAAGUAUUAUUUUUGUUACUA